AUGGGAGUCCCCCUGCUCCCAUGGCUGCUGCUACUGCUGCUGCUGCUGUCCCACUCUGCCCACGCAGCCAUCCUGGAGGUGAACGGGAACCUGAGCUGUAGGUGUGCCAAGACAACCUCGGAUUACAUCAGUCCCAAGAAAUACGAGAGCAUUGAGAUCAGGCCUGUGGGCAGCAGCUGCAGGCGCACCGAGAUCAUAAUUAAAUUAAGACCCUCAGGGAAGGUGUGUGUGAAUCCUGAAGCCCCCUGGGUAAAGAAGCUGCUGAAGCGCAUUGCCAGCACGAAGAAAAAGUAAGUUUCCUGCUAAGGAAGUUGGUGCCCAGAGCCCCGAGGAAGGCUGGUGGAUGAUGCCCAGGUGUGCAGACCUGGCUGCUCCUCACUUUGUCCUCUCUUCCUCCCCUUCCCGAAAGCCCCACGUCUGGCUCUGCUGCCAGUGGGGAGGGUGGCUCACUGCUGGCCCCAACCCCAUGGCAGGUUUGUGGGGAGUUCUCCCCUGCUCUUGGUCCCUGGAUCAGUGUGAAUAUGAAUCCUGCAUUUAUUUAGUUGCCUGUGGACUGUGAAGCUGUUCCCUGGCAAGGGCUGCUCCUGCUUCUUUAGGAAUAAGUUUGUGACUUUUUCCAUGUGAAGUGCUUGGUGACAGAGUGUGUGUCUGAGGGUUGUGUGGCACAGCAUGGCAUGUCCUGUUCUGGAAGCUCAAGGCAAAUAAAAUUCAGGAUUUUUCUUUC